CUUGGGAAAAAAAAUAGAUUAUGAUGAAAACAGGGCAUGUUACAGCAAGACAGUUAAUUACUUUCAUUUUUUAAAAAGGCCCUCUGAGGCACAUGUGUAAUGAGUGUUUUUGAGCCUGUGCAAAAAUCCAACAAACCAGAUGAAACGUUGUUCCCCUCCGCAGGGCGAGUGCUCCCAGAGGUGCUACAACAUCUUCGUGCUGGAGACGGUGUGCGUCGCCUGGUUCUCCCUGGAGUUCACGCUGCGCUUCAUCCAGACGCAGAGCAAGUGCUCCUUCCUGCGGACGCCGCUCAACGUCAUCGACGUGGUCGCCAUCCUCCCGUACUACGUCAGCCUCAUCGUGGACUCCGUGUCGGUGGGGGGGAAAUCCGCCGGCUCCGGGAACAACUACCUGGAGAAGGUGGGCCUGGUCCUCCGAGUCCUGCGGGCUCUGCGCAUCUUCUACGUGAUGCGGCUGGCCCGCCACUCCCUGGGCCUGCAGACGCUCGGCCUGACGGUGCGCCGCUGCACGCGGGAGUUCGGCCUCCUGCUGCUCUUCCUCUGCGUCGCCAUGGCGCUCUUCUCGCCGCUGGUGUUCCUCGCCGAGAGCGAGCUGGGCGCCAAGCAGGAGUUCACCAGCAUCCCCGGCAGCUACUGGUGGGCCGUCAUCUCCAUGACGACGGUGGGCUACGGCGACAUGGUGCCCCGGAGCAUCCCGGGCCAGGUGGUGGCGUUCAGCAGCAUCCUGAGCGGCAUCCUCCUCAUGGCGUUCCCCGUCACCUCCAUCUUUCACACCUUCUCGAGGUCGUACCUGGAGCUGAAGGAGGAGCAGAUCCGGGCGCUGAGGCAGAAGCCGGACUCGCAGGACAGCACCAAGUCCCAGAGCAGCGAGGACUCGCAGGAGACGGACGGCUACCGCGCCGAGGCCGCCGCCACGUCGGCGCAGCGGAGGAAGUCCAUGGCCGCUCGCAGGGCCGCGGAGAUUAGAGCGGCCAUGAAAAGUUAGCCGGACUUCCAGAGGAAGCUGCAGAAAUAUAUAUAUAUAUAUAAUCAAGAACAUGAGAGAACCAGUCAAAUGAGUGACGGGCAGGAUUCUCACUGACUUGAGUCUGACGCCACAACAUCACACGUUUGUUUCCAGACCUUCAGAUUUAUGAAUUAUGUUCCUCGUGUAGCCGCAUUUGAGAGGAUUGUCUGAAAUAAAGAUAUUUGCUUGACA